AAGCUAUGACAAGGCACCAGUCUAUCUAUACUUCAUUACUUUGAGAACGAUGUCGGAUAAAAACCCUGGGAAGGAUUACUAUUCUGACAUUCUAAUUUACUUCCUGUUUUCAUUUCGGCCCGUGUCGUUGGAAUGGUAGUGGUGCAUUUCCCGCACCGAAACACCAACAUUAAACAAGAAUGUCUUCCUUACAUAUCACAUCGUGGACUCCACAGGAGAUUGGCAAUUGGAUUAAAGGACUUGAUAAUGCCUUAGAGCAGUACAUCCCAAACUUCAUUGAACAUCAAGUAAAUGGUGAUCGUCUGCUCAAACUGACGAUAGAGGAAUUAGAUACCUUGAAUAUUACCAAGAUGGGACAUAAGGAACUCAUGCUGGAAGCUGUUGACCUUUUAUCAGUCGUGCAUUAUGGACAUCCAAGCGAGAAUCUUCAGUCAGUGGCCCUGAAACUGAACACCAAUGCAAGCAAUCUAGCUAACCUGCUUCAGCAGAUUACCCAGUCAGGGAGCCAUGCAGGAGAUAGAUUGUACUCGCCACCAUCAACAAUCCUACAAAGAGUGUCUGAGACGAUAUCAGCCGCUAAGACACUUAUCUCAUGGCUGGACAGACCACCAUUUUCAAACAAUUCAGAGAAGUAUUUCCAGGAGUUCAGCAAAGAGAUUUUACAAUACGCUUUGGACAUGACCCAAGCUGUACAGCAGCAGUCCAACCUAACAGCCGCUGUACCUGAAAUCAUGGCAAUUGCAAGAGAGUUUACUGCAAUUACAGAUAAUUUAAACAGACAAUCAACAGAUCCCCUGGUGAUACAACCAACAACAGUUGAAGAAGUUCGCAUCAGGAAGAAACAGAUAGAAGAAGAACUGGGGCUGUUUAUCAAAACAUCCACUAUUGACGGAAUUCAUUACAUAACAGGCACCAAGGAGCAGUCAGCAGCAAACUUAAGCAGGAAAGUGGGCUCUGGUGAUGAACUGUUAAGAGUAAAUGGACAAACUGUGGUGAGUUGGGAGCACCGUAAAGUCAUAGAGGCUCUUAGGGCUGACCUUAUGGGGGUCCUCCUGACCCUACGCAAACGCCCCUGCAACCUUGGCUCUCCUGGGCAGAUAAUCAGACCUGGUAACUCACAGUAUCCUCCACUCUUCGGUACGCCACAACUCAGACGCAAUGAUAGUUUUACCAACAUGAGAUCAACAGUUGUGAAUGGGGACUUCCUCAUGCCAGCUUCACCCUGUGAUUUAAUGGCUACUAAAGCAAGAAGUAACAGUGAUCCUGAGCCCCCAUCAGUAGACACCCAUGAGACUCAAUCUGAUCCAGAAUCACUCCUCCAAGAGGCGGAGAGAAUCAAACGACAACGAAGAGGAACAAUGGGAGAGGCUCUCCAGAGGAAAGGGAGUAAAGGAACAGUGACAUCAGAGGGUAGACCAAGAUCACUCCCUAUUAAUACUGAAGAGUUAGAGGCUGAAAUGGAAUUAAUAAAAGCAUCCGGGAUUUCCCCUCGACCCAGCUUCUCACCCAUCGCAGGAAGCCCACCUACUGCAAGCACCCAGACCACUCCCUCACCACAUGGAGAUAAAACAAUCAACCAAUAUGACACAACAAGCUCCAAUAGUUCCUGCCUUACAAGAAAGGUUACAAUUUCAGAAGAGAGGGAAUCAAUCCCGGUGAACCCUUCAACUUCUGUCUCAAAGGUAGAUCCUGAUAAUCAGAAGCCAACACACAACAAUAGCUCCCUAGAUGUAGAAGAUUGUCCAGUUCCAGAGGGCAGCAAACAACACUCAGAACAAAACCAAAGAACUGAAGAGGAACCUGGUCAAGAAGGCAUACAUUCAGAGACUGUCAUAGAACCCAGUUCUGAAAACUCACAGGCUAAGAACACUAACAAUAAUGUGGCAGCCUUGGAAGAAGCUGGUCAACCUGAGGGUGCUACCAGCUCCUCUGAGGUUACAACAUUUGAAACUGAGGAUUAUGUGGUUGUAGAUGUUCCACCUCCUUCACCCAAAACAGUCACCUUUCUUGAAAUGAGGAAACAAUCAAGUGCAUCAUCUCUGUCAUCUAUCCCAUCACCAACAGUUGGUGUAAAACUAAGACCAAAGAAGAAGAAAGCUAAGUAUAAGGUGACAAGAGGUGUUUCAUGUAUUGACUUGGGUCCAGGGGAGUGCCAAGGAUGGCUUCAAAAGAAGACAACAACCAAGUUUAGAACAACUUGGGUGGAAAUGUGGUUCGUCCUUCGAGAGUUUGUUUUGUAUUACUACAAGAACAAGAAGGAUGAUAAAGCAAAGGGAUUACUCUGUCUGCCAGGCUAUCAAAUAUUAGAAGCUCCCGAGAUCAAGAAGGAACAUGCAUUCAAGGCUACUCACAAGGGCGCCAGUACACUCUAUUUUUCUGCAAAGCAUGCCGAGGAUAGGAAGAAAUGGAUUGAUAAACUACGUCUGGCAUCAAUCGUGUUCAAAGAGGAAAAAAAUAUGCGACAGUCUAUCAUUUUCCAAUCAAAGGACUCCUUGGACCUGGUCGACAUGAUGCAAAGUGUUGAGGGUUACCAUAGUGAAAGUGAUGAUGAAGACAAGGAUAAGAAGAGUGACCAGUCUCCUCCUUGGUCUCCAUCAUCCAGCGAUAGAUCAGGAAACACAUCCAGCGAGGCAGGAUCUCCCCAACGAUCACCCCAAAAAUACAAAUCUCCAGCCUCACCCAAGAUUGAACCAGGUACAUCCUCCCCGAAAAUCUUUCAAAAAAGAGCCACUAAAAGAGAUCCAUUCAGCAGCGCACAUGCCAGUAAUUCUCCCAAAGGUAGCCCCAAAAUCAUGCAACGUGUGCUGGGGGCACUUCGGAGGCACAGUCGUGGGAGUUUAAGCAUUGACCUGUCAGAACUGGAAGCCCUUGAGAAAAAUCCAAAGCGAAGGAACUCGACCCCAUAUGAUGUGUCUUUAAGUCCAACUCAAGAUGCUAAAUCUGCAAGAGUGUCCAUCAGCGAACCUGCCACUCCUGGACCCUCCGACUCUGCCACCCCUGGACCCUCAGACUCUGCCACCCCUGGACCCUCCGACUCUGCAAUCCCUGGACCCUCCAGCUCUGCAAUCCCUGGACCCUCCAACUCUGCCACCCCUCUAAGAGGAGAUGAUCCACUCCUUGAUAGCUAUAAGACUAUCAUGGAUACUUAUGGAUGUGUUGUGGGCUUUGAGAGAACAGCAGUGAGGACCAGUAAGCGAUAUACUAACAAGGAUAAGUCAUCUCUAAGGAGGAUUCACACCGUGCUGGAUAAAGAUCCCAAGAAGAACAAGGCAGCUUUACAACGACGUGCUCUCCAGAGGACUUUAAAGGCCAAGAAAACAGAGUUGGAUCAGAUUGAAGACAUUCUUUCCAAGGCAUCUCUAACAUCAGAAGGUAUUCAAGAAUGGAAGAGAGAUCAUGAACAUCUUCUAGAAACCGUCUUGCAUGGUCCGAAACCUGACAGUCCAAGUGACUCUGGUUCAGAUAUAGAUGGUGAUCAGGAUACCAAAGAUCACACAGAUGACAGCAAAAUUAAUGGAAUUGUUACUUCAACGCAGGAAACAGUCGACAUUAAAAAGAAAGACAGUGAAGAAAUGGCGAGUGAAAAUGAAGUCGUUGAAAAUAACUCAGAUGUUCAAUCAGAUGAUCAGGGUUUACAGAGUGAAACAUCUACCGAAGAAAAAGAAAGUACAACCGUCUCUGAUAAAGUCGCUGAAGCUAAGAACACUGAUGAUGGUUUGCUGGAGGCUGGAGAUGGGCAUGAGAGAAAUGGUGUUGAGCCAAGCUCAGAGGUGGAGACUUCUACAACAGACACUGUGGUAAAUAGCGGAAUGGUUAGGACAUCAUUGGUGUUAGAUGAGAACUUUAGACCAUGCACUGGGAGUGCCCCAACAGAAACUAGUUUUUAAAGAAGUGUAAGAAUAAAUUGACGUAGAGUUUAUAAAGCUCAGAGGAGAAGGGGUUCUUGACUUGAAAAGGAAGGCAAGUAUCUUGGCUUUUGUAAAUGAUUCAUACUGGACAAAUUUGUAGUUACCUUGUAGGUGUAAUACCUUGUAAGCAAGUGCCUUAAGCAGAAGAGAUUAAGAACCAGAUAUUUAUCCUGCGUUGAAGAGGCUUUAUCUACUUAUAACGUUUUGAGAGUGAUUACGUAACGGGGCUUUUCGCAAAUCUCGCAGAAAAGCUCUGG